CACAUUCCCUCAUUCACACGCUCAACUGCGCCAUUUCAAAAAAAUUGCAUACGUCACUGCGCAUACGUGAAAUCUGCCAGAAUGAGAGAGGAGGCAUUGAGGCAGGCAGUAAAGGCAGUUGUGUAAGACAAACCGCGCGCGCGCGAGUGAGAGAUGACUUUAGUAUGGAGACACAGACGGAGGGAGGACGGCACUGACCCAGCGCCCUCAGCGGCAGGGUUUCGGUUCACCUUCGGGAACACGAUCGCGGACUCGGCACAUUUGUAACAGUAGCUGUUCCAGACGCAAAGCAGCAAGAGCAACAACAACGAAUAUCCCACUUCAUCCAUUAGACGCAGACAUGAAAAACGGCAGCCAUUUGUUGAUCAGGUGUGCUUUGGGAAAGUCAAGCGCUUCCAUGGAGCUUCUGCUAAUGAUCCCCUUGCUUCUUGCUCUUAUCCAACCAACUGCAAGCCAAGUGUAUGUAAACUCUUCCUCAUAUGAUGGCAACACCAUAAGACAAACCGAUCAGACACAGGAGAGCCUAAGGCCUUCUCAUCCCAUAGGCUGGACUGAUGUACCUGACCAAAUAAUGGGUCCAAGAGCUAAGACAGAAAGAAAUGCUUUUGUUGGAGUCUAUAAGGAUGGAGACGCUAUAUCAAAUGGGCAGCCAGGAGCUAUUAAUUAUACAGUGGAGGAGACAUCAACAAAACCUUCAGAAAUGCAUAUGAAAGUUGAUCUUACAGCACAUUCCUUGUUACCAAACAACAGAACCGAUGGUGUUCUAAGCCAAACUCAAAAUUUCACAGUCAGGCCUGUUACCACAGUGACCAUUCAAAAGACUGGAGUCUCUUCUGCAAAGGAAACAACUACAUUUGUACCUAUGAAACAAGAUUCUGACAGAACUACAAUAACAGAGGCAGAGACUAUUGCCAAAAAAGCAGUUACUGACACCAAUAAAGAAGACUUGUCAAUAUCAGCAGUAUUAUUCCCCACUGUAAUUAGCUUAGUAAAGUCAUCAACUGACUCUGGCCAAGUGCAGACGUCUCAUACCUCUUUGACAACUGUGUCCGCCACUUAUAUAAAGCCUUCGGUUGGCUUAGAGCAUCAGGCCAAAGUCUCAACUGCUACACUGGCCAACAAGAAACCAUCGACAUCAGUUCAUUCCCCAGUGGUUGCUGAUAGGAUGAACACAAGUAGGGAUGAUCUAAGAGAUAUGCAAGUCGGUACCACUGCAAAAGGACAUCAAUCAAAAGAAAGUCCACCAAAUUCACUAUCGCAUAAUGGAACCACUACCUUAAUUUACACAAACAUGAGGACACAACCACAAAGUGAAUCCACAGCCAACUUGACUACCCCACAAACAAAAAGCAUUACACAGCUAGCAAGCACAAAGAUGACAACCAAUCAGAAGUCAGAAGGAACUGCAUCUCAAGGAGCAGUUUCUACCACAAGCAGCCAGAAAACAGCAGAGAUCAAACCAUCAGAAAGCACAACAAAGCAGAAAAUCACAGCAGAUGCAACCACUUCUCAAAGCACAACUCUGUCUCUUCCCAUGGGACGUGGACGUUUGUUACCAGUGGACAAUGAUGCGAGACAUGUAGAUAAAGAACAUUCUCUAUUUCUGGAGAAUAUACCAUCAGAUAAUCCUGGACCCACCCCUCCUGGAAAUUCCUGUGCCACUGGUUUGGGCCUCUGCUCUUCUCCUGAACCCCCAAACAUAUUCAGUGAAAUUAACACCUCAAACCGGACCUUGCUGGUGUGGGCUGACCUGAGCCGCACGCUGUCAUUUGCCUGGGAGCUGCAUGUUUUUGGCUCUGCUGCCCUCUUCCUGCUUCUCACUGCUGGGUCUGCUUUGGGUUUAGCCCUGGCUCCCAGCAUGCACUGCCCUCACCGUGGGGCACUAGCACUCGCUAAUGGCCUCCUGCUUCUUACAGGUAUAAUUCGAGCCAUUUACUUUCUGGUUGAUCCCUAUGGUUCUCGUCUGCUUUUGCCGUUUUCAGUUGUCACAGCCUUGUACACAUUACCAUUGCCUCUCUUAAUAUGGGCGCAAUCUGCAAUGGUGGUGUUGGUGCUAAAAGGGGCUGAGGUCGUUUUGAUGCCCCCACCUCUUCAGCAUCUGCCUCUUCUGGCUGUGAUGGCCAUUCUCCAAUGUACUCUACUGUUAGCUGCUGACCUACUAUCUCCUGCAUUAUCACCUGCUGUACCAAUUGUCCUGCAGACCCUUACCCUUUCUGCUGGGUUGGUACUGUGCCUGGGUUACAUAUUCUUGAUUCUGCCACGGCUCUCAAAUGUCCAGGUCAGCCAUACCAGAGAUAAAGGGCUCGGCAGGUCGAAAAUGAGGGUGCUGGUACGUGUGCUAGCAGGGUGUGCUCUUCUAGGGGCACUGUGCUGUCUGAUGCAUGCUUACACAUGCUUUUGGCUGUAUGGACUGCUAGGGGACUGGCGCCACUUCCGUUGGGCUUGGUGGCUGGUUCAGUUCUGGGCACGACUGCUUGAACUUACAUGGGCUUUCUGUCUUUUACUCCUGAGCUCCUGGGUUUUCUGGAGACCUCAAGGGGGCCAGACGAUGAGAGCUCCAGGACAGGGAGUCAGUGCAGCAGGUGACCUCACCUCGCCCUGCCCAUCCUCCAAUUCAUCAGAAACACACACUUGCUGGGCAAAGAUUGUGCAAAGCCUCAGGGGGAGACCAUGUAGGAAAUCUGACAGCAAUGGGGUGGGAGGGGCCAGUAGUGGUGGAGUAGCAGGGGAGCUGCCUAAUAACUGGGCAGGGCAGGAACGCUCAGGUGUUGACAUCAGCAAGAGCCUUAUAAGAAACCGUGACCCACCCAAAGAAAGUAACCAUGGACGCAACCAGAGAAGCAUUGAGGGCUCAUCUGGGUCAUUGUUAAGGUUGCAAGCCCUCAGUCAACCACGCCAGUGCUCACUGAGCAGCAGUCUGGACCCGGAAAAAGAAUCGGCCAUCUCACUUUAUGACUUUGACUUGCGUCCUCCAUCUCCAAUUGACCUGACUCGCAGCAUUGAUGAGGCACUGCACCGGGAGCAUCUGCUCAGGGGGGGCAGCCUGUUCCAUUCUCUGGGACCUCCAUCACCACCUCCAUCUCCUGAGCCUUGGCUGCGCAGGAACAGCGAUCCUCAACUUAUGCUCUCGGAUAGCAGUGAUGAGCAUACUCUGCUAAGUGAGUCUUCUGCUGGCUUAAACCGCUCCAUCCCCAGUGCUGUCCCAAGCAGGCAGGUAACAGCUCCUCCUACACCAACCCAUCAAGGGCCACGCUGGACCUCUCAAGCUCCUGUGCCUUCCUCCAUUUCUUGCCCCAUCUCCCUGCACCCCUCUCCUAGUAUGGGUCGAGUUUUGAGUCCCAGCACAGACGAUACCAGACCUUUUCUCACCCCUGAUUUAGAUAAGGUGGAGUCAGACAAUGGAAGGGAGAGGAGCUACCUGAGAGUCAGUCGCCAUGAUGACUCAGCGAGUGUCUCCAGUGACAUAAUCGAUCUUUGAACUGACUUAAUUUGUCAAAGACCAAUGAUCUAAGUAACAACCCCAUGACAUUACCUGAAAUAAAAUCAGGACUUAACUAUAUUCUGGUGUGACCUAAAUAAAAACGAAAUGUCGGAUUGACUUUAAAUUUUGAACGCAUUAGGUUUGCAUGAAGUAUGGAUUAUUUUUUGUCACCUAUUUUAUUUUAGGGAUGUUUGUUCAUACCAUUUGUUUUGCUCACCUGUGUACAUAUUUAAGGUUGAGAAGCAAAAUGAAAGAACAAAGUAUGUUCUAACAACUAACAUUUCCUGAAAUUCAUCAUAGCCAUUCAUCAUUCAUCAUUCAUGUAUUAUUUUUAGUAUUUAUAAAUGGCCUGAGAAUUAAUUCAACACAUCUGAAAAGUUUAAAAUAAUUAAUUCGCAAACAUAAGCAGAUUGUUGUGAAUUUAAAUUAGGAUGUAUGGUAGAAUUGUUUUUUUUUUUUAUUUGAAUUUGGUUUGUAUUUUAUUUGUAACUGACUGAAAUGCAAAGACUUAAGCUGCAUCUGUGACUGAGUUACAGUUACAGUGACUGAGAUGUAAUCUAUUUUAUGAGACUAGAAAUUGUGCCUGUAUAAGAAUUUAUUCUGAAGCACAGAGCUGACGGACAUUAAAGUGGUAUUACAGUAUAUGAAAUUACACAAAUCUAAUCAAAUAUUUUUUGGUGAAUUACACUUUUUUCCAGACAUUUUGUGGAGUUAUUUUACUAGGAAUGAUUGAGAAUGUUUCUUUCACUGGUUUGGACUUUUUACAUAUUGUCUUGGACUUGGUGUCUUUUAUAUGAAUAUCAGUCUGAGAGAUAUGUGCUGUAGAGGUCAGGUCUAUAAUAAGCAAAAAAUGAAUUAACUGAGGGUAAAGUGUUAUUAGGUUACAUAGAACAUAGUAAAAACUAGCAUGACAACUUGAUUCAUUGUAAGAGCAAACAUUCCAGUCUUGUUAAUGCAAGACUCAUGCAGCGGUUCAACUUAAUCAGCAUUUCAUUGUAAUUAGAAUUGUAAAUAAUAUUUUCAAACACACAACAUAUAAUAAUUAUUUGUUGUCUUGUGUUUUUGAAGGACCGCACAGUUGUAUUUAGUGCAAAUGGCAUUAAUGCAUUUGGCUGGUUUUUUUUUCUGUACAAUUCAGCAUGAGAGAAUAUAGAAAGAUGGUGCCAAAUCUACAUAUAGAAAACAAAUAAAUGUGCUUUUAGAAGAGAUAAUAAGAAAAGACAGCGCAGGUAGCGCUACAAUCGAGGUAGUUACAAAUACAGAUACAGUUUAAGUCAAAUUUUGAAACUAAAGUUCAUAAUAAACAUUUAGUGUAGAUGAGUUUGUGCUAUUCCUGCCUAUUUUUAACUCUUUUUUGACAUGUGUGUAAGUUCUCUUCGAAGGGCAAAAAAAUUUCAGACAUGCACUACAACCAAAGCAUAUAUGAGCAAAAAGGUGGAAAAGGUGAAAAAACAACCAACAACAAGAACUACUAAAUUUCUGCUUCCAAAAACUGUGAUCUGCUCACCAUUCAGUUUCCACUGUCUCUCUCCACACCACUGUUAUUUAAUCAUAUGAGCUGUAUUAGCAAAACCUUUAGAAUUCAGUCAAUUUUCAACAUUUAUACCAUUUCCAGCUUCAUUUUAAAUUCUAACUUGGAAAAAAACUAAAACACAUAUUUGUGAGAAUCCCUUACACUGACAAAUUAUUUUCCGUUUACAAAGCUAACAUGUAGUUGCUUUAGCGAUCAUUAUAAUUUCUCAGAGCAAAACAGUCUUCACGUUUACACACUGAGAUGUAAACUAGUCUAGAUUUUUACAUCAACAAAGAAAAGCGAAUAAGACGGGCUAAAAUUAAGGCUUUAUUCAGUGCAAACUUAUCACUGUAACAAUGUUGUUUAUAGUAUAAUUUCAUGUAAAAAUGAUUUCUCAUCAGGCAUUGCAUGAAGUACGCAACAAACCUGAGGUUAUGUGUAACAUAAAAGAAAAUGUAAAUACUGCUAUUUUUGUGGAUUGUACUGUAAAUAAGAAUUUGCCAUGUUCAGAACAACAUGAAAUAUAUUUACUGUGAAUGACAAUCCUGCAUAGUGCAAGUGUAUUUCCAGGCGCAAUACAAGGACUGGCAUUAAAGAAACUUAUUUUUUUAGAUGUGUAAAGGUUUUGAUUAAGAAUCCUAGUGAAUUUGAACAAAAACAUUUAAAAAACAAUAACGGGAUAUAUGGAAAAAUAUAAUCCCGCUACAUAAAGAGGGAAUUUAAAAAAAAUCUAACAAUGAUAAAAAAACAACCUAACAAUGAUAACAUAUCUUAUUCUCUUUAGUAGAACAUUGGGAGAAUCACAACUGAGAAAAUAGGAUGACAAGCUCGAGUUUCCACACUCUGGACAACAUGUGAUUUUGUAACUGAAUGUACCUGCUCAAUUAAAUGUAAUAUUUGUGCUGUCAUAUGAUCCAAUGAAGUGCCAUAAUGAUGUAUUGAACUCCCCCAUCCCACUCAUACCGGGUUGACUUGUUGUCUCUUAUCGAUAGCAUUGUUGUUGUUAUUUGUAUUUUCUGAAUUAAUUGCUCUGGUGCCGUAUACAUGUGUUUUGUGCCAGCAUGCUUACAAAGCAAAUCUUAGUCGAUUGUUUUCUUUGCAAACUGAAACAUCUUCUCUCUUAUUCACCAUGGCUAUGUAUUUUUGGGCUGAUGCCUCAGUAUGGUUUUGAUUAAAACUGAUGGCAUUUGA